AUGACGACUUGUCACUAGACUGAUUUAUUGGUGAGGGGCACUAAAAGUAGGUUGUAUCUAUAAUCUCUUGGCCGAAGCAGUGUGUGCGACAUCGAGCCCCCAGGGAAAACAGAUUUCUCCAAGUUAGAGGUUGCUUAAGAACCGAGGUAGGUAAGAAAUAUGAUAUUGACUAGAGCCCCGCCCCCUCUUCAUAGGGUAACAUGCCGAUACAGGCGACAGAGGGUCUUGAAAAAGAAGCUUUCUGACAUCCGCGUUGCCCUGGUCUACAGCGAUCUUAACUUAACUUCUUCCGCCAAACGAUUUAUUAUUAUGAGAAGUGGGUGAUGGGUUCCCUUGGUGCUUCGCAGGAGAAGGAGCUGAAUGUGUUGGUCACUGGAUUUGGGCCCUUCAAAGAGGCGUACCCCGUGAAUCCAUCAUGGGAGAUCGCGGCGCUUCUCCCCGACUACCUACCCGCGGACCGCGUCAAAGAUGCCGCCGCACUGCAUAAUCGACAAACCACCGCGCGGAAUUCGAUCCCGCCCGUGCGCAUCCUCAAGCUACCCGGUGCCGUGCGCACCAGCUACGAGUACACACGGGACCUCGUCCCAAGGCUCUGGGACGGCGAUGUAGGCGGGCGCGAAGUCGACUUCGCGGUGCAUAUCGGCAUGGCGGGGCCGCAGCUCGUGUACUCGGUCGAGAGACGCGGGCACCGCGACGGGUAUGGCGCCAAGGAUGUCGAUGGGAAGCUCCUCGAGGACGAGAAGAGACAUGCCGAGCAAGGUGAGAAUUGGAUCUGGCAUGGAGUGCCGGGUGAGCUGUUGAGUGAUUUUGACGUUGAUGAUGUCCAUCGGAGAUGGGUCCAGCGUAGUCCGAAAAACUUAGACUUGAGAGUCUCGGAAGACGCGGGUCACUAUCUGUGUGAUUUCAUCUACUUCUCCAGCCUGGCUCAUCUGUGGAAGCAGCAGCGAGCUAAGAAAGUCGUCUUUCUCCAUGUGCCGCUGCAUUCGGAUGCUGAGUCCCUGAAGCGUGGGGUCGAGCUCGUUCUGACGUUGAUCAGGUCCAUCGUGGAAAGCGAGUUGGAAAGGGAGAAAGAGGCUGUGCCUGAAUAGUGACUAAUGUAAUUAUUCUGUAGCCUCUAAGAUACUUACUCAUCGAGUGUUAUCUUUGGAGCAAUGGUGAUGGUAUAUGUACUACUCGGGCUCGUGGCACACCGUGGAACUCCCAGCCGCCUGUGUUACGAAUCUACUAUCGAUUUAUUGUAUACCUAGGUAGCUUAAGCAAACUUAUCGUACCUUUGCAUACAAUUUCUAAACUCCUAUGCGCUGCUUUGAAAGAAUAGGUAGCUAAUAACGCGAAGUUUAAGAUAAUACUACUGACAAGUGUAGUGUGAUGUAGUGGUGUGAUUCGGUGACCAGGCGCAAUCGCCGAACCGGCGACUAUUUAUCUACGCUAGAGAGAUUCGACUCCCUUUCGGCAUCCAACCUCGCCGCCAACUCAGCGGCGAGCUAUCGCUGGGAGAGAGGAAGAGCUAUAUAAAAAGGACGAUUGCUUCUCCACCUUACUGCGGGACAUUCUCUACUAGUUUCUCUCUGUUUGUUCCCUCGCCUCAACUUGACAGACAGAUUGACAAGCUACACAAUCACGAUCAGUCAACCCCACGCCUACCACUUGUAACCUCAACAUACCCCAGAGCGAAAUUAAAGAGCUAUACAUUCUCUUUUCAAAAUGUGUAUGAAAGCUACGUGCAGCCAAUGUGGUAUGUGU